AUAUUACAGGUGUAUUACCAGAAGAAUAUUCAGGUGUAUACCAUAUAUGUAUAUACAGCACACUCGACUUUUCCAGAACAAAAGGAGACAUAGUGUUGUGUGUAUGGUGUUGUCUGUUCUUUCCGGUGAGUGCUAGAUGGGGAGAAAUCCUUGUUGCUCUAAGGUGGGCUUGAACAGAGGUGCAUGGACUGCUACCGAAGAUAAAAUUCUCACAGAAUACAUUAAGCUCAAUGGUGAAGGCAGAUGGGGAAAAAUCUCCAAAGAAGCAGGCUUGAAGAGAUGUGGGAAGAGUUGUAGGCUUCGCUGGUUGAAUUAUUUGAGGCCAGACAUCAAGAGAGGGAACAUAUCACAUGACGAAGAAGAACUCAUCAUUAGGCUUCACAAGCUCUUGGGAAAUAGGUGGUCUCUGAUAGCCGGGAGGCUUCCAGGACGAACAGACAAUGAAAUAAAGAAUUACUGGAACACAAACUUGGGCAAGAAGAUACAUCUUGACCACCAUAACUUUGCUUCAACUUGUAAUCCCUCAAACCAGUAUUUCAAUAAGAAGGAUAAGAAGAAGACCCCCACGGCCUCACCCUCACCCUCACCGGUGAUGUUCAAAACAAAGUCACAACUGAACAAUGACUCACUGGUGCCCCAGACCAACGCAACAAAGUGCUCAAAGGAUUUUAUUAGUCCACAACCACAAAAAACUGAACCUAUUGACACCAACAUUGUAAUGGGAGGACAACCAAAGGUUAAUGACACUUCCAUUGUUAGAUGGAUCGAAUCAAGCUCUUACCACGAGACACUGUCAUUCACUCGCGAAGAAGAUUCUUCCUCUGAUUUUAUGUUGGAUGUUAUUAUGGGGGAGGUUUGCUUAUCAGAUCUACUCAACUCGGAUUUUUCAGGCAUGUGGGACUUCAAUUCUAACAAUAAUGGUAACUAUUUAUCACCUUCUUCAGAAGGACCUUCAUUGUUCAGCAAGGAAAUGCAGGAGAGCUGGGCAGUAAAUGAGCAUGCUCAACCAAAGUGGGGUUCAAAUCACCCUGUUUUUGCUUCUUUUCUCGACUCCGGCGAAGAUUGGCUAGCAAAAUUUAAUUAAUUAUAAUCUGCCCGAUAUAGAAGGGAAAAAAUUUAUAUUGUAUGUAUAUAUUUAUUACUCUGAUGAUUCAAGUCUAGCUAAUAUAUAAUUGUUUUUCUUCUCUAGUGGUAAUUUAUGUUUUGUUCUUAAUAUGUAGGGAAAAUUUAAUUAAGACUACAAUUUAAUAUAGUGAUUAAAAGGAAGACCACUUUUAUUGGA